GCUGAACUCGCUGCUGGUGUCCUGGCCUAUAUCUACUAUGAAACGAUAAGCGAAGAAUUAAAAGAGAGUCUUAACGAGACAAUUAUAAAUAAUUAUGCACAGCCGGGGAUGAACGAUGUCACGUAUGCCAUAGACCAUCUGCAACAGGACUUUAGGUGUUGCGGCAGCAACAGUUAUGAAGACUGGAGGUACAGCUUAUAUGUAAUUACAGCCAAUAACAGCGGAAACAUCGUCCCAGAUAGCUGCUGUAAAACGAUGACUGCAGAGUGCGGGAGACGAGACCAUCCUUCUAAUAUAUACAGAGUGGAGGGAGGAUGUAUGACAAGACUGGAAAAGUUUAUCCAGGAACAUCUGCUGUUGAUAGGAGCAAUCUCCAUAGGCAUUGCUUGUUUCCAGCUCAUUGGUGUAACUAUGAGUGCGUGCUUCCUGUGUGUCCUCUAUAAAGAAGAAAAGGAGGAGCUGUACAAUAUCAUUUGA